CUUCCCUUCCGGCUUCCGCCACUUCCCUCCUCCGAAAGGACCCAAACCAAUCGCCACCACCACCGCCACCGCCACGCCACCGCGUGGACCGCCUCCCGAAACACCCGUGCCCUGCGGCCAGCCACCGGAGCAAGCGCGCAUCCCGAGCAUCACCCCGCAGGCCCUGCCCGCAGGCGCAGGGCGUGGCCUGGCCUCCGACAACAGGAUGUCGCGCGGCGGCGGCGGCGGCGGCGGGUGCUGCCCGCCAAUGGAUCUAAUGCGGUCGGAGGCGAUGCAGCUGGUGCAGGUCAUCAUCCCCGCCGAGUCAGCGCGCCUCGUCGUCUCCAACCUCGGCGACCUCGGCCUCGUCCAGUUCAAAGACCUUAAUGGGGAUAAGAGCCCAUUCCAACGGGCUUAUGCCGCCCAGAUCAAGAGGUGUGGUGAAAUGGCUCGCAAGUUGCGAUUUUUCAAGGAACAAAUGUUGAAAGCUGCGAUAUUGACUGGUGCGACACAAUUUUCAGGAAGUCCUUUGGAAAUUGAUGACCUGGAGAUAAAACUUGAGGAAUUUGAAGCUGAUCUAAUUGAAGUAAAUAGAAAUAACGGAAAGUUGCAGAGGACAUACAAUGAGCUCGUGGAGUACAAUGUUCUUCUAAAAACGAUUGGUGAUUUUUUCUAUUCAGCUCAAAGAAGUGCGACACGGCAACAGAGGGAAAUGGUGGCAGAUCAGUCUGGCGACUCUUCUCUGGAGAGUCCUUUAUUAGAGCAGGAAAUGGUGAUAGAUCCAUCAAAACAAGUGAAGCUUGGUUCCCUGAGUGGUCUUGUGCCAAAGCAAAAGUCCAUGGCCUUUGAACGCAUACUUUUCCGUGCCACAAGGGGCAACAUGUUACUCCGACAAGAAUCUGUUGAUGAACCUGUCACUCAUCCACAGUCUGGAGAGAAGGUCGUGAAAAAUUCAUUUGUCAUAUUCUACUCUGGGGAGAGAGCAAAAUCAAAGAUUGUGAAAAUUUGUGAUUCUUUUGGCGCCAACCGUUAUCCAUUUCCAGAAGACCUCGCUAAACAAACACAGACUAUUCAGGAGGUAUCUGGAAAAAUAUCAGAGUUGAAGGCAACUAUUGAAAUAGGUUUAGCUCAUCGUGACAGCAUCCUUAAAAAUAUUGCCUAUGAAUUUGAACAAUGGAGUAACUUGUUAAAGAAGGAAAAAGCUAUUUACCACACCUUAAACAUGUUCAGUCUUGAUGUAACAAAGAAAUGCUUUGUUGCUGAGGGAUGGAGUCCAGUUUUUGCCACAGAUCAGGUCCAAGAUGCACUUCAUCGUGCUACUACUGACAGCAACUCCCAAGUAGGUUCGAUUUUCCAAGUUCUCAACACGCAAGAGUCUCCUCCAACGUAUUUCCAGACAAAUAAAUUUACUUCCUCAUUCCAGGACAUUGUCGAUGCCUACGGUAUUGCCAAGUAUCAAGAAGCAAAUCCUGGUUUAUUUACUAUCGUAACAUUUCCCUUCUUAUUUGCUGUCAUGUUUGGAGACUGGGGUCAUGGAAUUUGUCUACUACUUAGUGCACUGUACCUCGUAAUCCGAGAAAAGAAGCUAGCUUCACAGAAACUCGAUGAUAUAGUGGAGAUAAUGUUUGGUGGUCGCUAUGUAAUUUUGAUGAUGUCCCUAUUUUCAAUUUACACUGGAUUAAUAUAUAAUGAAUUUUUCUCGGUGCCAUUUGAGCUAUUUGGUAAAUCUGCCUAUGCAUGCCGUGAUCCUUCUUGUGUGGAUGCUACAAGUGAAGGAUUAAUAAAGGUUAGGCAAACAUACCCAUUUGGUGUUGAUCCUGUAUGGCAUGGUAGCCGCAGCGAGCUGCCAUUUCUCAACUCCCUAAAGAUGAAGAUGUCAAUCCUUAUUGGAGUUUCACAAAUGAACCUUGGAAUUGUGAUGAGUUUCUUUAAUGCGAAGUAUUUCAAAAAUUCUGUUAAUGUUUGGUACCAGUUUGUUCCUCAGCUGAUAUUCUUGAACAGCUUAUUUGGUUACCUAUCACUCCUCAUCAUUAUUAAGUGGUGCACAGGCUCAAAAGCUGACCUUUACCAUGUAAUGAUAUAUAUGUUCCUUGGUCCAACUGAUGAUAUUGGGGAGAACCAGCUAUUUCCUGGACAGAAAAUUGUUCAGAUUGUUCUACUUCUACUUGCUCUGGUGUCCGUGCCGUGGAUGUUGAUUCCGAAGCCAUUAUUCUUGAAAAAGCAACAUGAGCAGAGACACCAAGGCCAGCAGUACACCAUGAUCCAGGCCACAACUGAAUCAGUAACGGGAUUGCAAAGACACCACGAAAACCCACACCACCACGACGAGUUUGAAUUCAGUGAGGUUUUUGUUCACCAGCUGAUCCACACAAUUGAGUUUGUGCUGGGUGCAGUCUCAAAUACUGCCUCAUACCUUCGCCUUUGGGCUCUCAGUCUUGCACACUCGGAGCUGUCCAGUGUCUUCUAUGACAAAGUUCUUCUUCUAGCAUGGGGAUACAAUAACAUUACCAUCCUUGUUGUUGGAGUAAUCGUCUUUCUCUUUGCCACUAUUGGUGUUUUGCUUUCCAUGGAGACCCUUAGUGCAUUCCUGCAUGCCUUGAGGCUCCACUGGGUCGAAUUCCAGAACAAAUUUUACGAGGGUGAUGGGUACAAAUUUGCACCCUUCGCAUUCGCGUCGAUCAUCGAGGAGGAAGAUUGAGUCCCACUCGUUGUAUGUAUAUUGUAUAAUAAUGUAAGAUCCUAUGAGGACUUUCCGCCGUGGAUCAUCAUUGUUCAUUCACCAUUACAGGAAGAUUCAGAAAAUUUGUGCUCUUGGGUCAGAGAAUGGUACGCUGAAUCAUGCAUCUUGCAUUUGAUUAGCGACAGUAGGUUAUUCUGUAAAUUGUGAUGUGUUACAAGGGUGAUGGAAGCGGCUGGUGCGGAUGCAAACAAGUCAAGUGCAUUGCAUCAUAGUAGGUCUGUAUCCAUGUCUGCCACGGGAGCAAUUUGUAAUUAUACUUAAUAAUAAGAUCCACUAUUUUUAAUCCUA